CAGUACGGCAUACUGGUUAACGCUACGGCAGCUCUUGCGGUACUUGAUUCCCGACAGAACAAGAACUGUCCUGCUCAGCCUACCUGCCCCCGAUGGAACGGCUGUGUCUCCACUGCCACUAAUGGCGGUGUCUUUAAACUGAACUGCGCCAUUGACUUCAGUGGUCCCAUCGUUGGCAUUGCCCAGGCCAACAUCUUUGUUGACUGCGCCGAUGCAUGCGCUCGCCACACGCACUGCACUGCUUUCAACAUGAAGGACAACUUUUGCUACCUUCUCGGCAAGGACUUUGGCGUGCCCCGUAUAUCAACCGACAACGUCAAUGCUGGCACCCAAUCCAAGCCAGCGACCGAGCUGGAGCCUGCUCCCGGCAGCUCCGUCUGCGAGACCGAGAUCAAAUGUCCUAACGACGACUACUGCCGCUUCAAGACCAAUGGCCAGUCCUAUAUUAGUCGCUGUAACUACGACUUCAAUGGUGGCGACAUUGGUAUUUCACAGUCCAAGACUCUUAGUGAGUGCGCAAAUCUGUGCUCGAUCUUGAAGGGCUGCGUUGCUGCGACUUGGGUUGCUGGGGCUUGGGAUGGUGGCAUGUGCUAUCUCAAGAACGACCAGUAUAAGGUCGUUUACAACCCUAAUGUCGACAGUAAGUUUCUCUACGUUUUGUUCGAGAAGGGUCGAUUGUGUUGA